AUGAUUAUCGAGAGAGAUGGAACAUAUAUACUGUACUACAGCGUCUCAACCCUUGGGAGCCAGGACUCGGUCAUUGCAUAUGCAACUAGCACGACUAUGGAGGAUGGCACUUCGGAGGAUCAUGGGUCGACGGGCGUGGAGUCGACCUCGGGCAACUCAUAUAACGCCAUUGAUCCUACAAUGGUCCUGGUCGAUGGGACUUAUCAUCUCUCCUUUGGGUCUUACUGGGGUGACAUCCACCUAGUCACGUUCAACUCGGACGCGACGGCUGCCAAUGGAGAUGCAACCCAGAUCAUCUACGAACCAGAUGGGAACCACGAAGUCGAAGCUAGCUUCCCCUUCAAGUACGGGGAUUACUUCUAUAUGUUCUGGAGUCAGGGGCAGGCCAACGACUAUGAUAUCGUACGACCCGCCGAGGGUGAAGAGUACCGGAUUCGCGCGUGCCGAAGCAGUGAUAUCGGGGGACCAUACACCGACGAGGACGGAGACAGCUGCCUGGAGGGCGGCGGCAACGAUGUUCUUGCCUCACACGAUGAUGUCUACGGCCCUGGUGGGCAGGGUGUCUACAAUGACGCUGAGUAUGGGCCGAUCCUGUACUACAGAUUUGUCAACACAUCGAUCGGGUAUGCACUCAGAGAUUAUCAAUGGGGAUGGAAUGUAAUUGACUGGGUCGACGGCUGGCCGACAAUAUGA